UAUACGCAAAUGUAAAAGGAAAGCCGGCCACUAUUUAAAUACAGUGAAAAUGUGGUAUACACAAAUGUGAGAGGAAAGCCGGCCACUAUUUAAAUACAGUGAAAAUGUGGUAUACGCAAAUGUAAAAGGAAAGCCGACCACAAUUUAAAUACAGUAAAAAAGGAACUAAGUAAAUGAGAUUCCAAACUUAAAGUGGCUACCCUCAGGUGAACUAUACAUACAGCAUACGAACACAACAACGGAAAGUGACUGCAAGCUGGUGGUCAGUUAUAUAUUUUUAUGCUGUAAAAAUGAAACAAUUGCUACUACGAUACCCAGUGGGUGUUACAUUAUUUGUUACAUAACAUGGUGUAAUAAUGGCCCUAUCUAUGUUUUAUGAAGUUCCGUGUAACUUGAAUGAUUGAUGUCAAUCAUAACAAAUUUGCAAUUAUACGAUUCAAUUAGAUGAACUUUUAAUGUUGAUGUAGUAACAUUUAUUAUGAUGUCAGAUCUGGUUUGUUUGAUAUACACUCUCCCCAUUUAUUUAUUAAUUUGAUUGGUGUUUUAUGAGGUACUCUUAUAAUAUUUCACUUAUACAAAGGCAGCCAAUAUUAUUGUGGGAGAGAACUGCGUAGAGCUCAGGGGAAAUCCACGACCAGGUUGCAACAACAAUUGUUGAUGAAGUACCAAUUUACAUAAAUACAAGAUUGUUAUGAGUAUCUAAUAUAGUUGCCUUUUCAAUAUUUCAGGUUGUAAUUCUGGAAUCUAGGCUGAUGACAACCAUGUUUACACGAAGCCUUAGCCGUGGAUUUCCAGUGGACAUGGGCUGGAUGAAAUUAUAUGGUGCUCCUGUGGAUUCACUAUUUCGGAAGCUGAUGACAAGAAAGCCACAGUGGACAGUGGUACAAAAAAUGUCAUCAUCUGCAGCCACGGAUGUGAGCACCAAGCCUCGUCCAUUCACAGAGAUUCCAGGCCCAAAGGCAUAUCCAUUUGUAGGCACCAUGACGGGAAACAUGUCAGACUUCACCAACAUUGUGCCUUUUUUCCGCAAGAGAUGUGAAAAGUAUUUUCCUCUUUAUAAGGAGAGAAUGAUGGGACAAGAUAUUGUAAUUUUAAUAGGUGCAGAAGGUAUCGAAAAAUUCUUUCGGAAAGAAGCAAAAUAUCCCAAUAGAUUUAGUAUCCCUAUGUGGAAUGAUUACAGAGAAGUUUCGGGGGAGGAGUACGGUAUUUUUACUGGGCAAGAUGAGAAGUGGCAUCGCAUGAGAUCUGUGAUUGAUAAACCCAUGCUGAGAAUGAAAGACGUGAAGAACUACACAGACGAGAUCAAUGAUGUGAUCACUGAUUUCCUGGAUCGCCUGCAGCAGGUGCGAGGACAGGACAACAUUGUUCCUAACCUGGAAGAGGAGUUCUUCAACUGGUCAUUAGAGGCUGUAGGGACGGUACUUUAUGAGAGGAGGUUUGGGGGUCUGUCUGAUCACAGGGACCCUGAGAUGGAGAGGUUUAUUAAAGCUGUGGCCGACAUGUUCCAGCUCACUGCUGAACUCUUCCUCACUCCCUUGUGGCUUGUUAAGUAUCUCCAGAGGAAGAAGUACAAAAAACAGCUGGAGGCCUGGGAUAUUCUGUUCAAGACAGCCAAGAGCUGUGUGGAUAAGAGGAUGAAUGAGAUAUCCAUUUCCAUGGAGAAAGGAGAUGAAGCUCGUGGAGUGCUGGCCUAUCUGCUGGCUCAAAAGUCCAUGAGCAUCUCAGAGAUCUAUGCUAACGUAACUGAGUUGAUGAUGGCAGCUGUGGACACAACAUCAAGCUCAAUGCUGUGGUGUUUGUAUGAGAUAUCUCAGCAACCUGAUGUCCAGGACAAACUGUUUGCAGAAGUGAAGUCAUGUGUAGGGGAGACAACUACGCCAGGUUAUGAGGACCUUCAGCACCUACCAUACAUGAAGGCUGUCAUCAAAGAAACACUCAGGUUGUAUCCAGCAGCAGGGUCUAUCUCCAGAAUCACUGAGGAGCCAGUAGAACUGUACGGUUAUGAGAUUCCAGCCAAGUCAACAGUUUCAGUCCCUGCAUAUGCGGUAUCACGGCUCCCUCAGUACUUUGAUGACCCAGACAAAUUUGUCCCAGAGAGGUGGAUGAAGGAUAGAACUGACCGACCUAACCCCUUCGCUUACCUCCCCUUUGGGAUCGGAACUCGCAUGUGUGUGGGGCGUAGGGUGGCAGAAUUGGAAAUGCAUCUCCUGUUGUCAAGGCUCAUGCAGAGGUUUAGAAUAGAGCCAGCCUUCACAGAACCAGUCAAAAUAGCUCAGAGACUUGUCCUUCGUCCAGCUCAACCAAUCAAAGUCAAGUUCAUCAAAAGACAAGGGGAUUAAGAGGGGAACCUCAUUGUGCUGAGUAUAUGAUUGCUGAUUGAACAAGUGUAACCAACCAAAACAGAAAGGAAUUUGACAACAUUUUAGACUGAAUCACAAUCAACAGUUCUUGAUGAAGUAUAAAAAGGAAGCUGCUGGUCUAUAACUUCAAAAAAAGCUCAAGAAAGUACCACCCUGAAGAAAGCUAUCCCAUAUAUACACGUAGAGACAGUAAGGAUUUACAUACCAUGAUUUUCUUCACCGGUAGUGCAUGAUGUACCCAGGACAGCUUCACUCACUCACACUGGAUCAUUUCAUUUUUGGAUCGCACCUUUGGUAGUGAUUUGUGAAAGGUGAGUUCUGUGAUCCCCACCAGUGGUUGUAUACUGCGAUUGAUCUUUAAGACUGGUGGUAGGUUCAUAUGAUUGGAGGUAUGAAUGGUUGUGUCAUUAAGUCAUCAAUGACUGCAAAAGAUAGAUGGUUGCUGUUGAAGGAGUGAGCAUUCGUAUGAUCAAGGGUGGCAGCUGGCUUCAACAGAUUAGUCACAGCCAAUCGCUGCCAGGUGUACGAUUAAUCAGUCCAUCAGUCAAUCCAUCAAAUAAGUUUAUUUCUUCUGGACAGCACUGGUAUACCUAGUUACGUUACGUGCUUUGUUUGAACAUUAUCAUGGAGAGUUUCCUGAACCCCAGAAGCACAACCAGUCAUUCGAGAAAGCAGAAAACUGACUCCUGUAACUUUUGUGCAUACAUUUUGGAUUUUAAUAAUGAAUCAGCAAAGAAUUUACAUCGCAAAUUUAUGUGUCGUGGAAGACAUAAUGUUUUUUGCCAGGGCCUGACAUCCCUGUUCUUUGUACUGAUACUGAAGACUGUUUGACCAAUGUAUUGUAUGAUAUAUUGUUGCGUAAAAACUUUAUUUUCAUAAAUCAGUAUUUUCUGAUCUUUGUGGUUGUAACAUUUAUUCCUAUUGUCAUUGUAAUAUUUAUUCCUAUCAUAGUCUCUGUUUGUAAAUCUACACAAAUCAUUCUUUCAAAAAAUUUUCGUUUCACAAUGUGAAAAUCUGUAUACAUGUGAAGCUUGAAGUGAAAUGAACUAUUUACUGUAAAUUUUACAUUUAGAAAGACUUUUCAAAGGCAGCUUUCCCCUUUGAUAUUUGGUUGUCUAUUUUGAUACUAUUUUUCUUUGAAAGCAUGAUCUAGAAUUCUGUCACAGAUGAUCUACGAUGAUCAGAUCUUUUCGUUGAAUUGAACCUGUACAUUCAGGUAUUUGGGAGGAUUUUUACUACCCUGGUAAAUAAUAUAUUGCACAAUUUUGCUCAAUUUGCUUUUUCAGAUUGUGUAUAAUGCAGAGAAAUUUGUGUCUUGUGCUAUUUUUGCUGAGAGAAACUAGUGUAUACUGUACACAUGGUUUGCUCUAGUAAAUAGUCUGUAUACACACAUGUAUCCUAACUGUGGUUUUUGUGGUUUCAUUGAAUAGCAUGUACAUUUGUAUUUUACAUCGUCUGAACAUACUAAUGGGUAGCUACAUUUUGUAAAUUAAUAAGUUGUGACCCUCUAUGAAAUAUCUCAAGAACUAGAGCAUGCCCUAAUUAAGUCUCUUUGUAAAUACAUGUAUUUCAUGAUACUCAGGUGCUUGAAUA